AAGUAUAUUUUUAGUGAAAUUUCUGGUCACGCUGGUCGCCUGCUUUAGACAAGGAAAAUAAAGCAAAACAAAAUACAAAUUUGUUUAUAUUUGUUAAAAAACUAUGUCUGACGCUUACGCGUGUGUUGCCAAAGGCAAACUUAAACUGAAAAGUGACUCGGAAUUAAAGAAAAAGAAGAAGAAACACAAGAGUAAGGACAAAGAGAAGGAGGCGCUUCAGAAAUCAUAUGCUGAACAACAACUCAACGAGGCCUCAGCAACAACAACAUCGACCAGCGGCUAUGAACGCAAGCUGACCAAAGCCGAACUGGCUAGCAAGAAGCAGCAGGAGAAGAUGCGCAACAAGCGUAUUAUGGACAAGGCACAAACCACACACAAGCAGCGGGUGGAGAAAUUCAAUGAGCAUUUGGACACACUCACCGAGCACUUUGACAUACCCAAAGUAUCCUGGACGAAAUAGAAAUCCAAUAAAUGUAACUGCAGCUUAGUUGUAAUGUUGAAACUAUGGAUCGUUAUGAUAAGUUAAAUUAUAGAAAUUAACCUACUAGUGGAUAUAUAU